CCCAGGGCACCUGUCCCAUCUGUGACAAGGUCGUGAAGAACCCCGAGACGCUGGAGGUCGAAGGUGAGGUGAAGCGGCUGUGCAGCCGGGACUGCCUGGCGUUGUUCCAGCGCCGCGUGGAAGAGAAGAGCGAAGGGAAGGACAAGGAAGGUCGUCCGCACAAGCCGCGGGGGCGACACCCAACACCCGUCAACAUGUACUCUCAGGGUAACCAUGAUCCUUACUCACCCGUCAACAUGUACUCUCAGGGUAACUUCUCCUGGGGGGAGUACCUGCGUGAGACGGGCGCGGUGGCAGCUCCGCAGCACUGCUUCAAACAGAGAGCCCGUGUGAUACCGGGGGCCGACAAGGCCGUUUACCCACCUCCGAAUGAGUUCAAGGUCGGGAUGAAGCUGGAGGCGCGCGACCCUCGGAACCUGUCCUCCACCUGCGUUGCCACGGUGAUCGGGAUGCAGGGCCCGAGGCUGCGACUGCGGCUGGACGGCAGCGACGAUAAAAACGAUUUCUGGCGUCUGGUGGACUCGAACGACCUGAAGCCGAUCGGCACCUGUGAGCAGCAGGGCGGGCUGCUGCAGCCUCCGCUGGGUUUCCGGAUGAACGCCUCGUCCUGGCCGAUGUUCCUGCUGAGAACGCUGAACGGAGCAGAGAUGGCUCCUGCCAGGAUAUUCCAGAAGGAGCCCCCCUGUCCCAAGUCCAACGCGUUUGAAGUCGGGAUGAAGCUGGAAGCAGUCGACCGUAAGAACCCGCAGCUGAUCUGUCCGGCCACGAUCGGCGCGGUGGACGGGAAGAGAAUCCACGUGACGUUCGACGGGUGGCUCGGCGCGUUCGACUACUGGUGCGACUACGACAACAGGGACAUCUUCCCGGUGGGCUGGUGCGCGCUCAGUGGACACAACCUGCAGCCCCCGGGGAACAAAGUGAGUGCCGGGAUGCGCAGACCCAUCCCCCCUCCCCCACCUCCCUCCAGAGACAAGGACGCCAUGGCAACCGCCUCCUCCUCAGAAGGGAAGAGGAAACGGAAGUCGUCCUCACUGUUCCAGGGCGACUCUGACGCGGCGAGCGACACGUCUUCUGUACAGGACAAACCUCCGUCUCCUAACGUUACCGUGGUGGAGCCGGACACAAGCACGCCUAGAACACUGUCCAUGUGUGUGUACACAAACUACGGCUGUGACACAGGGCCGUACCUGAACCCCCGUAAGCUAGUGGACCUGCCCUCCCAGUUUGGCCCCGCCCUGCCAAGUCACGUGAUGCGUGAGGUCACACAGGGGUGCAUCGACUGUGCCAUUCAGCAACGGGUGGUGUUCGGCCUCAUCAAGCAGGGACAGAGUCCGGGCAGGGUGGUGGUGUCAGCCACAGUCGGCGGCCAGACCCAGAGCUGCACCCUGCCCAGCUGUGAGACAGCGUCAGCAGUGCUGCGGUACCUCGAGCAGCUGUGUGAGCGGCUGGAGUGCUGUGAGAACCUCUUCUCCUCCACACCCAUGCAGGGGCCCUGCAGCAAGUGCACUAGGAGAGAUGAUCCGGAGGUCUCCGACAGCAGUUCUCGCCCUGCCACGAAGCGGCGGUGGUCAGCUGACUCGGGCGACGCCCACCACCCACCGAAGGCCCCGCGCAUGCAGCGAAGGGUCACCACAGAAGCCGCCAGUUCCACCACCACAGUAGUCGGAGCCGAGUAUCGCUCGUUCGAGAACCCGGCGCGCGGAGACCGGGACCCCGGCGACUGGAGCCUGGAGGAGGUGUUACAUUACAUCCGGCACGCCGACCCGGCGCUCGCGCAGUACGCAGAACUGUUCCGCAAACAGGAGAUCGACGGGAAGGCCCUGCUGCUCCUGAACAGUGACAUGAUGAUGAAGUACAUGGGCCUGAAGCUGGGGACGGCGCUCAAACUCUGCCACGUCAUCGACAAGCUCAAGACUGGCAAGACCUGAGCUCACCUGUCGUCAGGAGAGCUCACCUGUCCACACCUGUCGUCAGGAGAGCUCACCUGUCCACACGAGCGCCACCUGGGCUGUCCCAGGACCCUCCUGCGUCAUCCCUCCAUUCUGGGGUGGAAACCUCUGUCUGGAGAAAUGUAAAUUAUAUGUGGCCUCCGCCAGGCUCCACAGGUGGCUGGGAAAGUAGUAGAAAUGGGCCCAAUAGACAGAUAACUUACGAAAGCGAUAGCUGGCCGGGGAGAACAGUUGGUGACAGCAAACUCCUCUGGCAUGUUGUCUGUCUAUUUGGCCAGUUUCUCCUAUUUAUGCAGCAACCUGUGGAGCCUGGUAGAGUCUAGUUUAUAUGCAGUACACCCGAAGGUUUGAGUUCCGGUGCCUGCACAACGCAAUAGCAAAUAUUUUAACAGCUUAUCGAGUAGACCAACAUAGACCAAUUGUAUUGUUCUUAGGCUUGAAUCACCAUGUGAUGUUUUUAAUGAAAUACAUUGAACAAACCCUGUAGAAGGGAGCAUUGGUUAUUUAUAAUAAGUAAGUAAUCUAAUAUGCAGCUACAUUUGGCAGUUAAGUAAAGAAUGGCAAUAUGGCUUCGGCAGUGUUUGUAAUUGUAUAAAGUUGAUGGUUAAGAAAUUGUCAUGCAGUCAUGAUCACAACGUAGCGCCACAGAAAACACUGUGUCGUGUCAGCUAAGUUAUAUGUUAUACCUUUGCUCUAAGUGAUAUGUUAUACCUUUGUUCCAAGCCCAGUUUGUAAGUAUGACCACCAUGGUAAACCCUGGUUGAUAUCAGCCCUAUAUAUACAGCUUCAGCUAAGGCCAGUGAAUAACAGUGGGUUACAUGUACAUCAUGUAAACAUAGGGCAGUACAUGAUGUAUUGGGUACAUACAUCCAUGUUGGAGUCUUGCAGUAUAUAUUUUACAGGCAGCUUGAGUAAUAAGCACACAUGUUAUGUUUAUGUGCAUGUAGUACUAGUGUAGGUUUGUCUGCACUUAAUAAUCCAAAUAUCUCAAGACUUGGAUGAGAAAAAGGUGUAGCAAAGACUGGUUAAGGAUGUGAUGAAUGUGUGUAAAGUUGCAAUCUGUUUAAAGUAUCAAUCCCAGCAAAUCCGUGUAAUUCUUCUAGAAUGGGAAUUCUAAGUGUAGCAGUAAAACUUUAAUACAAUAAUGUGUACAUUUUUGCUACUGUUACAAGCUAUGGGACUGAUGGAUGUUACAAGUACUUCUUGUAGCAAUCCUGAGAGCAUGCAAAGAAAUGUUAAUAUUGAAGAUAACUUGCAAAUAUUGUCAAGUUUUGAAAUCCCCCAAACCACAAGAAAAUGGCAACCAAAACUGCUAGAGAGCUCUGUGUUCGGUACCCUGGUACUUACAGAUUGUGAAUGAAAAAUCAGCCAGUCUGGAUCAAUGUACAAAAUGUGGAAAUAUUUUAUCUUCUUGAAUGACCAGCUUUUGACUUGAUGUUGAAUAUUCUUGGAUCCAUUCAGUUUUCUGCCAGGUGAAAUAGACAGCACGGGAUGUGAUAAAUAUUAUCAUAUUUGUAAUAGAUUAAGGUUAGCUACAUUGAGGCCUGUUAUGAAGGGCUUCAGUGGAAAAGUUUUGUAGCCAUUUUACUGACAACACUCUGUGGUAGAGUAUAGCACAAAUCCGUAGACAAAAUAGUUGUGGAAAACCGUAACCAUAGAAAUUAUACUUCAAUCGUUUUUACUUUUUUUUCACCUUGCAGUUCUGGGCAAGUCAAAAAGUAGCCCAAGUUAUUUUACAAGAAGCUCACUUGUUAUCAAAGGGGUUAAAAUUUAGCACAAAUGUAAAGGCACAAAUCUUCUUUUCAUUUACAUUUUGCCAUAUUUCGACUCAUUCAGUGAAAAAAAUGAGAUUGUAUUGAAACAAAGGAAUUUACUUUUUGACUCCCCCUGUAAAUUUACCAGGACACUUCAGAUUGUGUCUUGCCCUAGCUUUGAGGCGGAGUUCGUGUCUUUGUGAUGUGUAUAUUGUAUUAUAUUGGGUGUGCCAAACGUUCUGACAGAAGACUGCCAUACAGGUAACCUAUAUGUAUGACUGCCACCAUACAGGUAUACAUGUGCAUGUAUAUGUACAGGUAACCUAUAUGUAUGACUGCCACCGUACAGGUAUACAUGUGCAUGUCUAUGUACAGGUAACCUAUAUGUAUGACUGCCACCGUACAGGUAUACAUGUGCAUGUAUAUGUACAGGUAACCUAUAUGUAUGACUGCCACCAUACAGGUAUACAUGUGCAUGUAUAUGUACAGGUAACCUAUAUGUAUGACUGCCACCAUACAGGUAUACAUGUGCAUGUAUAUGUACAGGUAACCUAUAUGUAUGACUGCCACCGUACAGGUAUACAUGUGCAUGUAUAUGUACAGGUAACCUAUAUGUAUGACUGCCACCAUACAGGUAUACAUGUGCAUGUAUAUGUACAGGUAACCUAUACGUACCACUGCCUCCAACCCUUGUUAAACUCCAGCUUUCUUGUACAUAAAAGUAGUUUGUGGGCAGACUCUGGAAGGUGAAGAACUCAACAUGAAUAAUCCUGCUGUAGUAAAACAUUACUGUAGUCUGUAGAACAACCAUUAAAAUAUCUCACCAUGU